CUCAUUCUAAAAAGGCCAUAGGUUAUUAUAACAAAACAAAACAACUGCACUGUAAUGAUUACUAAUUCACAAACAUUUACACAAAUUAGAUAUCCCAUACAUUCAUCUGUUAUACUGUGUUCAUUAUGCAGAGUUUUUCUAAUUGGCCCCGUGAAGCUGUAGUUGACGCACAUUUCGUCAGCUGGGGACAGCAGCUGUCAAUCAAACUGCAUCUUUAUAACCAGCAGCAGAAGCUGCACCAUUGUGUCUCACGAUAAACCCGUGGACAGACUGGAGCUCCACUUUGAUUAUUGAUCUUCAAUCGAUACUUUCUCUGAUCAGAUUACAGGUUUAGAUUCAGAGUUGUAGUCUUGCUAGACAUAUGAAAUCUCUCUUUUGAGCACAUACAUACAUUUUUUUAAAAUCUUCUACCCAGAACCUAUUUUUCCUUCUCGUGGCUCCCUUUGACUUUCACUAUCAUUGUCUCAUUAGCUUACCAUCUUUUUGGAAAAGAUGGAAAAGUUGAGCGGGAACAAUGCGACAGUCGUGAACAGCUCCAUAGACAAGUGGUCAUUCAAUGAACGCGGCUCAUACCAAAACCUGGACCCCGAGGAGCUGAUGGUCCUGAUGCCAGCUAUUCUUGGAGUCAUCUGUGUCUUGGGUGUGGCUUGUAAUCUCACUGCGAUGGUCAGCUUGUUCUCCAGUGCUCAUAGGGGAAAACUAUCUCUAAUCAACUCCCUCAUCUUCAACCUGAUGUUUGCUGACGGACUGGUGCUGCUGUUCACGGUGCCUUUCAAGGCUGCCUCUUACUCCAAAGCUAGCUGGAAUCUGGGCUGGGUUGUCUGCAAGACAGCCGACUGGUUCCUCCAAUCCUGCAUGGCAGCAAAGAGCUUCACAGUGGCUGUCAUGGCCAAAGCGUGCUACCGCUACGUGUCCAACCCCAACAAGCAGGUGAGCAUCCACCUGGGCUCCAUCCUGGUGGUGUUCUUCUUCAUCUGGCUGUCAGCCUGCUCCAUCACCAUACCUCACUGGCUGUUUGCGACAUUGCAGAGAGAAACCCGUGGGCUGGUGUGUGUGCUAAUGGUUCCUCCUGAAGCCCGGGACUUCAUGACUGUGUACGUCAAAGCAUACCCCCUGGGAGUCUACUGUGCACCUCUCAGCUUUGCCCUGAUGUAUUUCUGGAGGGCUUACAGACAGUGCCAGCGCCGAUCCAGUAAGACUCAGAACCUGCGUACACAGAUAAGGUCCAGGAAGCUCACCUUGAUGCUGUUUAGCCUGACCGUGGCCAUGGCUAUUCUCUGGCUUCCACAGUGGGUGGCGUGGGUUUGGGAGCACCAUAUUGCAGAGAAGGAAAUCGAAGGAGCUCAGCCUCUCGUCUCCUCUCUUCCCCCUCUUCUCACCCUCUCUGCUCAGCUGCUCACCUUCUCUCUGUCCGUCGUGAAUCCUCUCAUCGUCCUCUCCCUCUCUGAGGAGUUCAGAGAGGGCUACAGAGGGCUGUGGAGGCGCCUCACCCUGCGCAAACAACCUCCUACAAAGACAAAAGCCGGACCUCACAACCCUACUUCUCUCCAGUCACCUUGCCCCAGACCAGAGACUUCUGGCCAGCUGCUGGGGGAGAGGAACAUUCAAUCGAGCUCCAGCCAGGGUCCCUGCAGAGAAGCUCAGCCUCAGCCAGAGCAAGGAGGAGAGAGAGAUGUAGACACGGUGAGCCUCAAAGAUGGGAUUGCCUUGCCUGAUGUGGAGCAGUUCUGGCACGAGAGGGAGAGUGGAUUGCACACAGAGGAAAAUGAUCCAGUGCCGUGGGAGCACCAAAACAAAGAGGGGGAAAAAUAACAACCACCUUCCAGCUGAUCUUCAGAAUAGUCCUCAAACAACAGCAGCUUCAUCAACAGACCUCAGUUUAAGGAGUGCUUCACCGUAAAUCAAUUGUAUUCCGUCUGUGUUUAUGUUAUUAUUCAAAAAGGUAAGACGUGCAAUCGGCGUGGAAUACGAGACUAUAAAUAUGGACUGUGAAUAGAGCAGUAUCUUCAGUAUACAUGUAUAUGAUAAAUAUGACAUGAUAUUGUCUUUUUGUUGUGUUUUUAUUGUUUAAUGGGAUAGAAACAUAUUUAAAAAAUAGUGUACAAUUACUUUUGGUGGCUGCAAAUUAAAGCUUCUGGUAAGGAUUACAAUGUAAAUUUAAUGCACAGUAUAUCUAUAUAUAUUUUCAGUAUACUAUGUCUGUGUGGUGAACAAACAUUGUAAAUUUAAGUUUUCUUGAAAUAUAUGGACACCCUUCUGUGGGACUAAUAAAGGUUUCAAUCAAGAAACAUCUGUAUCUGGCAUCUUAAUCUGAGGUAGAUGUUAACAUUUUAAAUAUGUUUUGCAAUCAUUGUUUGUGUGUAUUGUUUGAGUAGUGUUAAGUAGAGAGUGAUUAUAUUGUAAUCAUUGUGCAUCAAAAU